AAUCCACGUCGGGGACCACGACGAAAGCAGGGUUGGGGCGAAGCGAGUGUUAAGCAAGCAGAACAAGCGACGGUUGUUUUUCUAUCACCUUUCGGGAAUAAAAUCAGGACAAUUUUUGUAGAACCGGUUAAGAGAUCCGUGUAGGCUUGUUGUAAGAGAACGAAAGUAGCAGGACGCAACAAUAGUAACCCCUUUUAUUUACCAUCACGUGCUUCACUUUUACACUUUAGGUAUACCCUGCAUCUGCAAGCUAGUGCUAGUUUAAAUUGUAAUCGACGGAACGCAUCGAACAAACCUCUGUAGUAUGUUGAAAAAAUAUUGGUCUACAGUAGUAUAUAAAUUAAAAAAUUCUACAUAUAUUUUAGCAUGAGUUUUAACUACAUCCAGUAGGCAGUCGAAGCAGGCUACAGAUCCGUUAAUUCCGAAGCUUCGGAGCCGAUUUCAACACUGGAGCCAUUUUUCCCAUCACUAUUACAUACAUUAAACAUUUCAUGAACAUAACUUUAAGCGCUUAUCGUUUAAUCUUUCAAUUUGUUUAUUACAAGCUUUCAACAAAUUUAAAGCAAUCCAGCUUUUAACAAAAUUGCAAAUUUAUAACAAAAUAUUAUGUUUGCUAUUACACAGUACACUGUAGACACAGGAUCAAAUUCUGUGCCACAUAUUAGUAUUUCACUGCUAUCGCACAAAGCCAAUUUUGUGCUAAACCCAGGCAACGAUGUUUUUAAAAUCGUUGUUUGUCAUAUACUGGAUAUUUUACCCGGCCAUUAUCAAUGGUCAUUUAGAUUCAGUUUCGACGGAAUGUAUUCUUUCACCGUCGAUUGACAAAAUCCUACAACUACAACGCCAUCGGUUUCUGCCCAAUGCUUCAGCAGAAGUUUGCAUCGUUACCACAAACAUCUCAACAUUGAGUGAGAGUCAUCCCAACGUGAUACCUUUGCUAGUUUCUCAACAUCCUGUGAAGUUUUCAACCGAGCAGCCGAUUAAAACCAAUACAAUGUUGAAGUACUCGAAUGUGGUGCUUCUGGAUGUGACGGGUUGGGAUCAGGUAAUCUUUCUUAACAACGUCAUAAUAUACCAGCAGCUGAACAAACAUAACAAAUGCGUCUUAAAUUUCAGUUCCCAGUGUCUCAGUUCACCAAACAGUUCAGAGAAAACCCAUGCCACUUCAUCGAUGCUCGAUUUAUCGUUCUAGUGACGCGAUCGUGCUUUCUAAAAGAUCGUUCCAUAAUAGUACAGUUUUUCGAUGACCAAGGUAUAGUGAACUAUGCGAUUUUACCAAUGCCAUCGAGUGCUUAUGACCGAGUAGACAAUAUCAGUAUCUACACUGAAAAUCGAUUCUCGAAGGAGGAGAUCUUCGUGCAGUUGGAAGAUCUCGACAACAUGCAUCGUCUGUUCCCGAACAAACUUACCAAUUUAUACGGCUAUCACAUUCGAAUUGGGGCAACGCAAGAUGACUUUCCAUUUAUCAUGCUGUGGCAAGAAGGUCAAAUAGUUACUGGUCUUUUAAAAAUUAUUUUUCAGGAUAUAGGUAUUAAUAUUUUAAAUUUAACAUUCUCUUUCUUUAAACAAAACACAGAACAUUACGAUGCUGACGUUUACUACGAUAUAAUCUUUAAGCGAGAGCAUUUUCAUCACGAUUUUGCGUUCCGAGAGAUGGGUGGAAUGUGCUUAUCAUGUCCAGUGAAAGACAGCAGAUUUUUUUUGCCACAUUUGCUGAAACCGUUCUCAAUUGGUGCUUGGAUUUUCUUGGGAGGAGCUUUCGUAGCUUGUUGCCUCUUGCGACUGAUCUUUCCCUCCAUUUUCCGAUACGAUCCCAUUCUACAAACAAUCUUUGGAGCCGUCGGUAAUGGCUAUAACCAAGGUUUUCCGGCACGAGUGGUGUUGCUUACCCUUUCGUUGCUAUCAUUCUUCUUCUCCAGAACAUACACCAGCAAAAUCCUGGCACUCAUGUCUCUAGGAUCAUUCUCUAAACGUCCGAAGACGAUAGCAGAGUUCAUACAGUCAGACUAUAUGAUGGCUAUACACAAGGAAGAUCUUGCACAGUUUCCUCUAGAUGAUUUCAUUCCUAAAAUGCUGGACCUACUGGAAUUCGAGCAGUUAACAUGGGAAAGCGCCAAUUUAUACCAUUAUUACUACUGUUCUCUGGAGCCUUGCGGUGAUGCUUGAUGGUUGAUAGCCCGUGAGAAUCAUGGUUUCGAUUAUGAGUUUUUCACCAUCGAAGAAAGCAUUGUUCCAUACCCGCAUAGGUUACAGUUUGCAGAAAACUCACCUAUCGUUGCAGUGAUGACCCGCUAUCUCGGGUUGUUUUAUGAAACUGGACUUUGGACCUAUAAUUAUAAACGACAAGAGGACACAUUGAAGGUGAAUCCAGAACCAAAGAAUACAUUGUCGGAAGUUGUAUUCUCUUUUGAUGAUCUGAUGAGCGUUUGGAUGUUGCUGGGAGGUGGGUUGUUGAUCAGUACCUUUGUGUUUAUUGUAGAACUGUUAAGCAAGAAACGAGUUUAAUUGAAAGGAUCGUGCUUCAUAGAUAGAGCGUUUGUUAUUUGAAAAGCCCUAUUUAACAAGCUUUCGUUGUGUUUUGUUGGGUAGAUUUUGUGUUAUCGAUGACGUUCUAAAAGUAGCAGUUCUAUUAAAUUUAAUAUUUUACGUACAAAUGUUCUUCUAUUUGUAUAUCGUUUGGGUUGUAUAUUAAUGGUAGGAAUACGGGUUUCUUGUUAUAAUAUUUAAUGUCUCCCAGAUCAUUUUUCAAACGACCUACGACGAUUUUCUAGUUCAUGAUUGAUGGUGAUCGUAUAUUAAUCAUGGCUUUAGCGAUGCGGUAUUCACCAUUGAGGAAAGGUAUUGUUUCGUAUCUGCCUUAGUUACAUUUUCCGUAAAAACACACAUAUCAUUACAGUAUUGAAUCGUCAAUAUUUCCAAAAACUUAAGACAUAUUAGAGGGAAAUUAUAAGUUUAUGCAGUCUUUUCUACAUCGAUGAUCUGAUGAGCAUUCAGAUGUUACUGUCUGAGACUUGUUGAUGAUUUGUGUUUAUUUUAAAUCUGUUUAAGCAUUGCGAUUGAUACGCAUCUCAAACUGUAUUUUCUAUAACCAAGUAUAGAUAAUAGCAGCCGGCAAGAAAGAGAGAGAAAGAGAGAGAGAAAGAGAGAGAGAGAAGCAUAGAUAAUAGGAUGUUUAACUGUGUGCUAAGUGAGAUUCUGGUAAAAUUUUCAACCAAUUUAAAUCAAUAUUUAAAUUUUUAAUUCCAAACGUUUUUGUUUAUAAAUGUCUCUCAACCAAUAGUUGUAGUAGUCAAAACUCUUUGGAAUAGUUUUACGCUUUGGUGAAACAAACCUUUAGUUGUUAAAAUUAAUAAAAUAGUUCAAAUAAAAUGGAAAGAAUUAAUUUAUUGUAGAUUUAUUUAUCUAUUUCUGUUGACAACAGCAACGUCGAUGACGAUACUGACAGGAGGAUGAUAGAUGCGCGAGUGAAACCAGCCAUAAUGAAGAAAGCCGAACGCGCCCGUCGAUAUGCACUAGUGAUGUGUAACCGGGAGUGGAAUCACUACAAACCAAAAUUGGCUCCGGCGAAUCCGGUCGAUUUCGGCCCACUCCGAAUUCACUCGAUCGAAUUCGCACUCUAGUGAUGCACUCUAGUGAUGCACUCUAGUGAUACACUCUGGAAGAUUAGUGGGAAGUCGAUGAUCGACAGGCGAAGGUGAUGACCGAGGAGAUGAGCGGUGUGCUAGCGAAAAGGACCGAAAUUGUAGCAAAAAAACGUCCGACAAGAGAAGGCGCUGAUUUUUUUAAUUACGCUCCAAGUGAGACAAUGUCAUUCUAAUAAAUUAUAAUAGGUAGUUAAUAAAAAGCAUUAAAUCCUUGUCGGCUAUUUAAACGUUUGCAAUAAUUUAAAAAAAAUAAAAUAAAAAAAAAAACUAAACUACCCUUUAUGCUUGUUCCACAUUUUCUAGUGUGGUUCUGCCAAACGAGCCAAAAACUUCGUUUUAUUGUUUUCCCUGCUCUAGAGCCUCGUUUUGCUCGUAAAUUAUCCACCACCCGCUGCUGUCAUUUUUAUCGGUCGUUUUCUUCCAAAAAAAACCAGCUUGACCAUUACAUCAAACCAACCGCAAAUGGUACAACGACCGGCGUUGUACCCUGUUCAGUUUACAGCAAUCAAUCAAUCAAUUGGCGAAGAAUGGGAACCAUUUUCAAGGAGCCGAAUGGUGCACCCUCUUAAAUGACCACUUCGUUAUCCUUCGUGUUUCCUUUUUUCUAUUCCAGCCCUUUUGUCCCUCUUCCUUCGUAUGCACCAGUUCGUGCACAACAAUUUGCGGAUGAUUAACAGUGCAAAAUGACCACAAACGUGCCGGUAUGACGACGCAAUGGUGAGUGGAAUGAAAAUUAAUACACGAUUUCACUCGUACGUGGUUAUUAAUCACGCUCACGCAGUCGGUGUACUGUGUCUUUGGAUGAUUCUUGGGCAGAUAAGAACGAACCAGACGAACGAUAUUGCCCAUGCAGCAGUUUUUCGCUGCUCUCCGGCACGACACACAUCGCUUUCCCGGCGACGGUGGUCGAGCUACGGUCCAAGUGACGGGAGACAUCUUUCUUAUGUGGCAAACAUCAAACAUCAUAAAUCACAAUUUGUCUCACAUUUCGGGAGUGAACAGAGUUGUACUCGUUUGCCGGUUAGUGGUGGUGAUGGUCCCGGUGAUCUCGAGCGGAAACAGCAGUUUUCCAUCGUGCGAGAAAAUGAAAGUACAACCUAUGCAAACUGUCUUGCAUCAACGAACCCAAACGCAAUGGGUAAAGAGACGUCGUGCCUUGGACGAAAUUUUCUCAUCAAUCUUUGGUCCAGCAUGGUCACGAUGGUAUCGUUAGCGAUGCAGCCGAUAGGUAAGUGUAAGGCGCCA